GCAACGUCAAAAGCGGUCGCACCGAGAAGGAGAGGCCAAAGCCACCUCGCACCAGUCAGUCCAACUCCAACGCGCCGCACCCGAGUGAGAGCCCAAGCCCCUCUUCCAUGGCGGCGCCAGUGCCGGGGCCGGAGGUGUUCGACGUCGUCAUCUUCGGGGCCUCGGGCUUCACCGGCAAGUACGUCAUCCGCGAGGCGCUCAAGUUCCUGCCCCCCAACGCCUCCCCGCUGCGUUCCCUCGCGCUCGCGGGCCGCAGCCGGGACCGCGUCGCCGCCGCGCUACGCUGGGCCGCCGCGCCGGGGCCCGCCCCCGACGUCCCCAUCCUCGUCGCCGACGCCUCCGACCCGGCCUCCCUCGCCGCGGUCGCCGCGCGGGCGCGCGUCCUGCUCUCCUGCGCAGGGCCCUUCCGCCUCCACGGCCGCCAGGUGGCCGCGGCCUGCGCCGAGGCGGGGGCCGACUGCCUCGACAUCUCCGGCGAGCCCGAGUUCAUGGAGCGCGUCGAGGCCGACCUCCACGAGGUCGCCGCCAAGAACGGGUCGCUGAUUGUCUCCGCCUGCGGGUUUGACUCCAUCCCCGCGGAGCUCGGGUUCCUGUUCAACUCCAGGCAGUGGACGCCGCCCUCCGCGCCGGUGAGCGUGGUCGCCUACGUCAACCUGGAGUCAGACAGGAAGAUCGUCGGGAACUUCGGCACGUUUCAGUCGGCCGUUCUCGGCGUGGCCAACGCCAGCGAGCUGCAGGCGCUGCGCCGAUCCAGGCCAAGGCCGGCGAAGCCCAGGAUUCCGGGGCCUCCGCCUCCCAAAGGAUCACUGAUUGAGCAUGACAAGGCACUAGGACUGUGGGUGAUGAAGCUACCUUCUGCCGACACAGUGGUUGUGAAGAGAACCCUAGCAAAAGUGACAGAGCAUCCCGAGGGCCUUCCUGGUGCGGACGAAACCCCAGAAUUUGCGGAGCAUAGGAAGGAAUUCUGGUCCUCUAUCAAACCUGCACAUUUCGGUGUGAAGAUCAGCAGCCGUUCGAUCCUGGGCCUUUUCUUGUGGCUGUGCACUGGACUUUUCAUCGGCAUCCUGGGGGGUUUCUCCUUCGGCAGGUCCCUCUUGCUGAAAUUCCCUGAGUUCUUCUCCAUCGGGCUGUUCAGGAAGACCGGGCCAACAGAAGAGGAGGUCUGCAGCGCCUUGUUCAAAAUGUGGUUCAUCGGCCGCGGGUACAGCGACUCGGCCCGCGCAUCAGAGCGUGGAAGCAAGCCAGACAAGGAGAUCGUGACCAGAGUUUCGGGGCCUGAGAUCGGGUACAUCACCACCCCGAUCGUCCUCGUCCAGUGUGCCCUCGUCCUGCUGAGCCAGCGGGCCAAUCUGCCGAAGGGCGGGGUCUACACGCCGGGCGCCGUCUUCGGCCCCACAGAUCUCCAGAAGCGCCUCGAGGAGAAUGGGCUGUCGUUCGAGCUCAUCUCUACGAAGACCCUCCCUUGAGAUUAACAGGCUCGUGCUUCCUACACCUGAUCUCAUCGUUAAACCAGCUAUCUGCCGCUGCUUCUCUACCACCUGUCACCUGAGUGUCUAGCAGGCUCAAUGGCCUUAUACUACGUAUUUGUGAAGAAACAGUGUCCUGUAUGCUGUGUUUAUGUGAAGUAAACCGUACUACUACUGUUAUUACUAGCGCGCAUGAAUGAAAGAAAGAAUAGGAUGUGGUCGUGUAAUGUGAAUCGUAUGGGUGAAACAUACGUAUAAUAAGCGUGUAGUCCCUGAAGGGAAGAAAUGUUGUGACGUUAGUUCAAGAUUGAUGUGGAACCUGCAUGUCUAUCUCAUCCUGUUUGCGCUGUCUGCUGGAAUUCUGGAACCGGCAUUCUCACAGCAUGGUCAGAUUUGCAGUCCAAUGUUUGAUCCAAGGGCGAUGGCUUACCGUGGGAUGAGUAUCGGACGACACAUUUGUCCUGUAGCAGUUCUAGGAAACUUAUCUCAUCUGUGUGUAGGUGGGUCGAUCGAGCCAACACGCGCGAGCGGCGCCUUCCUGCCCGCCCACACGCGCUCGGCAGCAACCUUCCUAGACCGGAGGAAAGCAAAACGGAAAGGUUUUGGUUGGGUACUUGCGAGGAGGAAGCCAACAGCGGCGCGCCGGGCAGUGAGACAGCGGCGACUCACCUCACCAGACCAGCCGUGCACGCCUCGCCUUAUCCCGUUCCAGUAGUGCAGUGUCCCCUACGGAUCCGAUACGGGACGACGCCAUGAUGGAAGACGUUCGCGUCGCGUUUUGGAUCAUGAUGAUCCGUGAGCUUUCUGUUGAGACCGCGCUUUUGCCCUGCCCCCCAUGGCCAUGGAUUGAGCACCGACCCACGCGCUUUACCAACGGCUUUGUAAAAGACUUGGACGGUGUGUUUCCAUGCUAGUACCAUGUGCAUCGCAAAACAGCCGUCCAUCGCAAUCUCUGACCGCUUGCCGCCUUUGGUCUCCAUGAACAGCGGCCAUGGUGGACCGUGGACUCAUGGUCCAAGACAGCGACCGCCCGAUCGCACCAGGCCAAACAAAACCAGGAGGUUGUUGCGCACGCACACGGUCAAAGUUGCUUUGCCACUACACAACUCCAUGUGUAUUAUAUCGGUUUUUGCUAUUUAUUGGGUACCUGAAUUUUUUUGUUGCGUUAGUCACUUUUUUCUUCUUCUUUUUUUCUUCCCGAGCGCGCAAGAUGGGGAGGCCGCACCUCACCGGAGAACCAACCACACUAUCUAUUUUAGGGGAAGCUAUAGCUUCGUUUUUUAGGUGGAAGCAACAACCCUAUUAUCCAGAAAUAAGAGAAGGAUGGAUGUACAAGCCUCCUCAGAGAUCAGCGACUCUCGGCCGUCGGAUCGAUUUGCUUGAUGCGUUUCUGGGCUUCGGAUCAAGAUUUGGAUGAACCCGGGCCGUCGGAUCCGAGAUGAACAGCUGGAAUGAAUAGUAAUGGCAGCAAAAUGUAAAUACCGUGCCCCCACCGGGGUAUUUUGGUCAUUCUGCGUACAGGCGUAUAAAAACCAACACCUCCCGUGGACAGCUCCUCCCGCACUCGUGCAGCAUCCCGAUCUUUUUCCUCGCGUAGCUCCCUCUCCUUCCCAUCCCAACCCUAGCCGCCGCUACCUAGCAGGCCCUGCGGCCGCCGCCGCGCUACCCUCCUUUCCUCCCCGUUCCUCUCCAGCCGCCGAGCUCGCCGCCACCGCUGCACUCCGGCCAGAUCCGCUCCUCACGGCUGCGAGCACUCGCGCGCGACCCCUCCCCGUGGCUAGGGUUUCGGCCGCCUCCAACUCCGGCGAGCCACCAUCCUCCCAUGGACGAGGACGACCACCACGGCCCGCACAUGGUCGAGCUCGCCGUCGUCUGCUCCGGUGCGGUGCUGGGCCAACGACCUCCGCUUCUCUUCUCCAUGGACAAACUUCAAAAGGCAACAGCAAGCCAUAUCAAGGGAGGGGAUUGAAGUCACCCCACUUCAAAUCCAUGGGCGCCAUCCACAAGAACCGGACAUCUUGGCACUGUUGUUGGCGGAGGGCGACGUAGAUUUGCGAGCCUUGUGGCGCAGCUUGUUUCAGUUUGGACGGGGCCUCGACGCGCUCAUCUCGGUAUCCUCGCCCCGGGUCUUCAUCUUCCCCAUCUCCGUCGUGGCGACGCGGGGCGAGGGCGACGAGGGCAGUGCCGGGUUUGACGCCGGACGGGGCGGCAGGGGAUGAGGGCGGCACCGUGUUCGACGCCGGGCUUAAGUACCUUGAGGCCGUCAACGACAACGUGCUCGUGUAUCCUAGGUUCAUCACGGAUCCUUUCACGAAUCACAUGACGGGCAGAUUUCACUAGACACGAUUCUCCGGCGGGUAGCUGCACACAACCACAGGAGGAGGUGGUGUUGUGGAAGAAUACGGCCUGGGCAAAGCCAUACUCUUGCAUCUCUUUCAACUGGUAUGACAUGGACAUUUGUAUGAUGGUAGACAGGCACCUUAACGGAAGUGACUUAUUGAGCCUCGCUGCCACCUGCCGUUGGUUUCUCCGGCUCCUCAUGAGGAGCCAUUUAUUUUCUUGUGAUAAUAUAGUUGAUCUACAAGCAGCAAGCAAAAUUGUUGUUAAAAAACUUAUCUAAAGGCCAACAUGAAUCAUUAAGACUGUCAAUUGAGACUGGGCCAUACCUUUUCCAGGUCAAGGCACUUUGGUACCUGAGAGCAAAGAGGAGGGUGAGAAGGUGAGAAGAAAUGAAAGAGGAAGAAGAGGAACAAGAAGAGCAAGGAAGACGUUGCCUGGGUCGAUCGGCUGGAAGAUUGAAGGUGUUGCAGAGCCUGCUACCCAAUUCCAACAAGGUCACUCCAUUUUUCCUUCUUUCUUUGUCGCUGAAUUUGGUGCUCCUGCGUUUAUGUUUGUGAUGAAAUUAAUGGGUUCAUGUUUGCAUUGGUCUGCGGGGUUAGGCAUCAAUUCUUGAUGGGGCCGUUGAGUAUCAGAAGCAACUGCAUCUCCAAGUAUAAGUCAUUAAGCAUGCCUGGAUUCAUUUGGAUGAUGAUCUCAGUUUGAGGGAGAUAUCGGUCUCAUCGAUGACACAUGCAAGCGGGGUAAAACUUGAGUUUUUACCAUUUGUCAGAGCGGAGGUUUUUCUGGGGUUGUGCAUGUCGAGCCUGUUUGGCUGUUUAUGAGCAGGCUACACUAUAGUCGAUCAAGCCCUUGCAAGAUAGUAAUGCAUUUUUGCAUUCUAGGUUACAAUGGCGAUAAUAAACAAGACGACCAUGCAGAUCUGAUAGAGAAGAGACCCACCCCGGUGACCUCCUACAACCAUGGUCGAUGGCAGCCCUAGCAACGUGACUCGCGGUCACAGGAGAAGGAUCUCCGUACCCUACCAAGCUCGCUGGAGACGGAUCCAUAGGAGCACAACCAGCAGCUCAAGUAGUUUUACCCGCGCAACCAUCCUGCUAAUUUGCUGGACCUGAAGAAUACCGACGAGUCGACGGACACAGGACGUUCCUGCAGGCUAUGUCCUCCGAGCCUCGUGAAAUCAUGAGGACAGAAGCUUCCGUGCCUACUUCAACUCUGCAGGACCAAUGAAGCUUGAAGUUUACAAGUUGGGGGAUGCCAGUGAUACUGAUCUUGCACGCUGCUUGCUGCUGUCUACUUGAUGUUUUUAAAUUUAAGUCAAAUUAAGCGUCAUGUGUCGUUAAACUUUAGUUAUGUCCAGUCUUGCGAUUUUGGUUCGUGUGCCUGUGUGCUAAACUACUGUUGGAUCUUGGAUGCUAUGUUUUGAGUCAAGAUAUGAUUAUGUACAAUCUAUCUAUUGUUAAGAAA